GCUUGUCAUGCCAGUUCUCUGAACAUGAUGAGAUAAUAUCAUAUGUAGAGAGAGAGACAUUGUUCAUGUGAGAUAACAUCGCAUCCUGAGAAGAGGGAGACAGACACACAGCACGAGGGUCUCGCCACCAGCUCGGAAGACACGUGACAUCUGAUGUCCACUUGUGUCCGGUCUCCACCCACGUGCACCAUCUGCAGCAACAGACAAAAAGUCGACAGUUGCAGGCGACACCAUGUUGUCUGCUGUCUACACUUCAGUCAAGGCACAUCCUCGAGGUCUGACCUGACACUAGGACACCACAACUUCAGAGUCUCAAGACUCAGGCGAGUGUCGCUGCGUGUCACGAUGUCGUCUCUAUGGUUACUUCUCGCUUUGCUGCUGCCCACCGUGGUUACACCCUUUCCACAGGAUUUCCUGGAAAAGCAGCUACAGAUGAAUGCACGAGAACAGUUUCCUGCAGAUGACCUGGAAGAUCACCUGGAAAUGACCAACCGCGAGCAGCUUCCUGCAGAUACCCUAGAGGAAUACCCAGACAGAGAGAACCGUCAUCUUCUUGCCUCAGAUGACGGUGACUACAACUACCUGCUGGCUGUCCUUCGACAGUUAGUAAACUCCAGAAGAAGAGCCUUCAAAUGUCCACCUACACAGAUUGGAGGAAGAAACACACCCUGCUGGCGCGCACGUGCAAGACGCUAAGACUGGUGGUGACGUCACCGAGUGCUGAGACCACGUGCAGCAGAUGACCUGAAAUAUUGAAAACUGUGCAACACAUCCGUGAAGAUUACUAAUGUAGCUAACCAUGUUACAUAUCACACAGUCAUCACACUUCACAAGUUAAAUGGAAGUUUGUGAACGGUUAUGACUGGGAAUUAAAGAUGUGUAGCCGCA